UUUACCUCAGGCUUCCAGAGUAAUACUGGGCUUGCCCUCCCAGAAGCCUCAGUCUCAGCGGGAAUGCCGGGAAUCGUAGUCCCGGGGCGCUGAGGCGAUUAUCCGGGAUGCCUUCGGCGGCGGAGCGGGAGGAGGGCGGGCGGCGCCUCUGCGGCUACCUGGGCCACCUGGAAGGCCGGGGGCGGCGGCGGGGCUUCCGGAGCCGGUGGUGGGCCUUCGAGCCGCGCCGCUGCGCCCUCCUGGCCUUCCGCAGCCCCCGAGACGAGGCCCAGGCCCGCCCGCCCCUCGCCAGCCUCGACGUGGCUCGCGCCGCCUUCGCCAUCGCCGCCCCGCCAGAACAGGACGGGGAGCGCGGGGAGGAGGAGACGGAGGGCGAGGGCGAGCAGGAGGAGCGAGAGGAGCAGGCCGGGCCCACCGCCUUCGAGGUGCACGCGCCCGGCGGGGGAGUCGCCGUCCUCAAGGCAGCCACGCACCAGGACAUGACGUACUGGCUGCAGGAACUCCAGCAGAAGCGGUGGGAAUAUUGCAACAGCCUGGAUGCAGCCAAGAGGCUCAGCCGCACCUCCCCGACGCCAUGCGACCCUUCUACAGGACUGGUGGCCAGAGACCAGACUGAUGUAAAUCUCCUGCCCGCAAAUGCCUCGGCGGAGAGAGCCAGGAACGUCCUUGCAGUGGAGACUGUGCCCACGGAGCUGGUGGGAGAACAAGCCGCCUGCCAUCCAGCCCCCGGCCAGCCCAGCGCUAUCAACUUCUCCCUCAAGCAAUGGGGUGCUGAGAUCAAGAAUUCUGUGUCUCAUCUGAGACCGGGGAGAGGAAGCGGUGAAAACCGCAGGAGCAUUUUCUAUACCGAAGAGUGGGAGAUGCUGGAUCCCACGCCAAAGGAUCUGGAGGAGUCGGUGGCUCAGGAAGAGAAGAGGAAGCUUGCAGCAGAACCCAGCAAAGGACUGAGCGGUGCGGCGUUUCCAUUUGAUUUUGGUCGCAUUCCCCACAAAGCCAGGCGCCCCUUGAAGGACAUGAUUGGGCCCAGCAAGAACCGGAACAGCGCGGAGUCUCCUCCCAUUGAGUGGAACGGGAACAAGUUUGCUUCCGAAAUGCAGCUGAAGUUCCAGAGCCAGCAGGAGGAGCUAGAGGGGCUGAAGAAGGAGCUGGCCAGCCAGAAGGAACUUGUGCGGCUCCUGCAGCAGACGGUGAGGUCCUCCCAGUACGACAGAUACUUUGCCGGCCACCUCUGCGAUGACGGGCCUCCUAGUGAGAAGCUGGAGCUGCUCCACCAGAAGGAUGGCCAGAUCCUGGGCCUAAACAACCAGCUGGAGAGGCUGACCCUGGAGAAGGACAACCUGCAGGCCGAGAUUCGGGGCCUGAAGGGCACGGUGGGCGAGCUGAACGAGCAGCUAAGCAUGCUGAUGGAGACCAUCCAGGCCAAGGACGAGGUCAUCGUGAAGCUGUCCCGGGAGCUGAGCGAGGGAGAGGCACAGGCCGUUUCCCCCUCUUCUCAGGGAGGGGCCACACCCAGCCCCUCGCCUUCCUCCACAAACCGAGACCCAGAGGAGCUCAACAGGCUGAAGGACAGUCUUCAGGGUUAUAAAACCCAGAACAAAUUUUUGAACAAGGAGAUCUUGGAGCUUGCUGCCUUACGAAGAAAUGCUGAAAACAGAGAAAGAGACUUGAUGGUAAAGUACACCAGCCUCGAAGCCAAGCAUUGCCAAGUGGAGAGCAAAUACCUGAUCCUGCUGCAAGAGAUGAAAGCGCCUGUUUGCUCUGAAGAGCAGAGCCCUCGCCACGAAGUGGUGGCCCAGCUCCUGGAAGACGCCUUGCGAGCUGACACCAGCGAGCAGCCAGAGGUCUUCAAGCCCCAUAUAGUCAGCGAGUACGACAUCUACGGCUUCCGAACGAUCCCAGAGGAAGAGGAGGAGGAGGCGCGGCUGGAGGCCAAGGUGCGGGCGCUGGACCUGAAAUCCCUCUCACUGGCAGAGCACCAGGAGAUGUCGGUGGGCGUCAAGUGGGAGAACUUCCUGGCUGGGACCCUGCAUCGGGAGAUGUCACGCUCGCUGGAGCUGAAACAGCUGGUGCGCUCGGGGAUCCCGCAUGCACACCGCUCACAGCUGUGGAAGUGGUGCGUGGGGCUCCACGCCAAGAAGUUCCGGGCCAGUGCCGACCCGGGCUACUUCCAGAGCUUGCUCCAGAACGCCCUCAGGAAGCAGAACCCGGCCUCCAAGCAGAUCGAGUUGGACCUGCUCCGCACACUGCCCAACAACAAGCACUAUUCCUCCCCAGCCUCUGAAGGCAUCCAGAAGCUCCGGAAUGUGCUUCUUGCCUUCUCUUGGCGGAACCCGGACAUCGGCUAUUGCCAGGGGCUCAACAGGUUGGCAGCCAUUGCGCUCCUCUACUUGGAGGAGGAGGAUGCCUUUUGGUGCCUUGUGACCAUUGUAGAGGUCUUCAUGCCCCGGGACUAUUACACGAAGACUCUGCUGGGCUCCCAGGUGGACCAGAGGGUCUUCAAGGACCUGAUGGGCGAGAAGCUGCCCCGCCUGGCCACCCACUUUGAGCUCCACCGGGUGGACUACAGCCUCAUCACCUUCAACUGGUUCCUGGUGGUCUUCGUGGACAGCGUGGUCAGUGACAUCCUCUUCCGGAUCUGGGACGCCUUCCUCUAUGAAGGACCCAAGGUCAUUUUCCGGUAUGCAUUGGCACUCUUCAAAUACAAAGAGGAGGAGAUCUUAAAGCUGCAGGAUUCCAUGUCCAUCUUCAAGUACCUCCGGUACUUCACCCACACGGUCCUUGACGCCAGGAAGCUGCUGGGCAUUGCCUUUGGGGACCUGAACCCCUUCCCCUUGCGUCAGAUCCGCAACCGCCGGGCCUGCCACCUGGAGAAGGUGCGUCUGGAGCUGCUGGAGCUGGAGGCCAUGAGGGAGGACUUUCUGCGCGAGCGCGAGACCCACCCAGAGAAGAGGGACCUCAUCAGCGACGAGGACGAGGACGCCUAGUGCCGGGCUGGGUCUUGUCCUUCUUCUCUCCUUCAAAGCCAUAUUGCA